AUGGAGGCUGGAGGCUGGGACAAGGUGUCCAAGUUUGUUGAAAAGCAGCUGGAGCUGCUCAAUGAUGAACGUGAUGCCGAGAUAGAGCAGACGCGUGCCCUUCAGGAAGGCUACUCCCCCAAGGAGUUGCAAAGGUAUGGCGAGUGCGUGCUGCGGCUACACGUAGUGGGGCGCAAGACCGGCGUUGGCGGCCUCCUCCUUGUCAAGCUUGCUCGGGCGGCCACUGCCGCCACCACUCCGCUUCCCUCCCACCGCUUCCAGCCAGGCGACAUCGUGGGACUGGUGCCCUCCAACGUGCCGAUCUCGUCGUUCAUGGUGGAGAGCAUGCAGAAGGGCAAGGGCGGCGUGAUCUAUCGAGCGGCGGAGCACUCGAUCACCGUCUCCUUCUCCAAGAUGGACGAGGAGGGUCUGGCGCUCGACACCGACGGCAACACCACCUACACGCUGAUUCGGCUGGCCAAUGACGUCACCUACAAGCGCUACCGGAAGGCCCUGGAGGCCCUGCGGCAGCAGGUGACAUCGCGCACCGCAGGAGGCGGUGACAACGACCACCUCAAGCAAGUGCUGUUCGGCCUGGGCGAGCCCCGGUUCGUCGGCCACUUCCGCAAUCGGUUCGAGCUCACACCAUUCAACCCGAACCUCAACGACUCCCAGAAGGAGGCCAUCACCUUCGCCCUGGGUACGAUUGACUUCCACCCUGUUUCUUCUCGAGUGCCAGGAACUGAUCCAGGCCUCGUCAACUGCGGCGCCACAGGCAAGACGACGACAGUGGUCGAGUUCAUCCUCCAGUGUGUGAAGCGUGGUGAACGUGUGCUGGCCACAGCGCCCUCCAAUAUUGCGGUCGACAACAUUGCCGAGCGGUUGGCCGUCUAUGCCAAGCAGUCUGGAGCGAAGAUCGUGCGCGUGGGACACCCGGCCCGGUUGUUGCCGUCGGUCGUCGGCCUUUCGCUGGACGCCAGGGUGAAGCAGCACUCGCACCAAACCGAGCUAGCUGACGACGUCAGAAAGGAGAUGGCCAAGCUGCAAUCGUCCCUGGGCAAGGCGACGCCCGGCGAACGAAGAGGUGUCUACGCUCAACUCCGACAACUUCGGAAGGAGCUCUGGGAGCGGGAGGGCAAGGCGGUGGACGAGAUCCUGUCGCAGGCCAACAUCAUCCUGGCCACCAACACCGGCGCGGCUGACAAAAAGCUCCAGAAGCUGCCCAUGUUCGAUGUUGCGGUAAUUGACGAAGCAGCGCAGGCCGUGGAAGCCUCCUGUUGGAUCCCCAUUUUAAAGGCCAAGAAGCUUAUCCUCGCUGGCGACCACUGCCAGCUUCCGCCCACCAUCAUUUCGGAGGGCGCCGCCAAGGCCGGUUUGUCGCACACCCUCUUUGAUCGCGCCUGGCCCUGCUCCGUCUCCUUCACCACCUCAUCAACGGUCACUUUCAGAAUGGUCAAGAUGUACGGUGAUACGGUGCGUCAUAUGCUGCUCAUCCAGUACCGUAUGCACGACAAGAUCAACCAGUGGUCCUCCAAGGAAUUUUACGAAGGCAGGCUACAAGCGCACGCCUCGGUAGCAAGUCACCUCCUUCGCGACUUGCCGCAUGUGCAGAGCGAUACAACGGAGACCAAGUCGCCGCUGAUCAUCGUCGACACGACGGGAUGCGGAUUCCACGAGGAGAUGGUGGAGAUCAAGAAUGCGGCCGACCGCGGUCAGAACAAGAAGGGCGCCGACGCCGCGGAGGAGACCAAAGGCAAGCGGAAGCCCAUGAUGCUCGGCGAGGGGUCCAAGGCCAACCAGGCGAGGCCGACCUGGUGCACCACUACGUCCAUACACUGCUCCAACAAGGUUCCUCCCUGCCUUGCCGGAUUGAGGCCCGAAGACAUCGGCAUCAUCUCGCCCUACAACGCUCAGGUGGAUCGGUUGCGCCACGCCCUCCGCGAGAGGGGCAUUCCCGGGAUGGAGAAGCGGGAGAUGGAGAAGAUCGAAGUGUCCACCGUGGACGGGUUCCAGGGCCGCGAGAAGGAGGUGAUCAUCAUCUCCUUUGUGCGCAGCAACCAGAAGGGCGAGAUCGGUUUCCUGGCAGAGUCGAGGCGGAUGAACGUGGCCAUCACCCGAGCCAAGCGCAGCGUGGUGGUGGUCUGCGACGAGGAGACGAUCAACCACGCCAAGAACGAGUUCCUCAAGCGCAUGAUCGAGUACUUCGAGGCCGAGGGCGAGUACGUGGCCGGCGCCCAGUUCGCGGGCGAGGAGGUCCACGUGGAGACGGUCGACCACGGCGAGCUGGAGCGGAUGCGCAAGGAGAGGGACGACAUGCUGAAGCUCAAGGAGGACGUCGAGCGACGGCGCAGGGAGAAGGAGGAGAGAGAGCGGAAAGAGAAAGAGCAGCAGGAGCUUGAAGAGCAGCUGCAGAGCGACAUCCUCGACUUUGUGGCCGACCCCGACCGCGACGAGAUGACCUUCCCGGCCGAUCUCAACGCCUACGCGCGCAUGCGGGUGCACGAAAUCGCCGGGCAGCACGGGCUGACGCAUGCCAGCAAGGGCGAUGGCAAGAAGCGACAGCUCACCGUACGAAAGCCCGUCGAGGAGGUGCGGGCCGCCCCAGCCGGACCCUCAACGCCGGGACAGGACAAAGAGCAAAAGCCAAAGCGGGAGGUGGAGGAAGAAGAGGGCGAAGAAGAAGAAGAGGAAGAUGGCGGAGAGGAAGAGGAGGAAGAGGAGAAGAAGGCCAAUCCUGUCUCCGAGUUGAGGCGGCUGCAGCAGCAGAAGUACCUGGCCCACAAGCAGAGUGAGGAGAAGGAGAAGCAAAAGAAGGCCGCGAACAAGACUAAGUCCAAGGCCAAGCCCGCCAAGGAGAGGGCCACUCGUCUGGAGGAUGAGCUCAAGAAAAAGAAGAAGGUCGAGGCGGCGGAGGUGAGGAAGAUGAGCGAGGAGGAGCUGCUCAAGAAAUUCGACACGACCAAGUGCGGCUUCAAGGGGUGCAAGGAAUCGACCACCGUACUCGGUCGCCUGUGUCCGCACUGUCGCCUCAAGUUCUGCUUCUCGCACAGCAUGGCCGAGAUUCACGGGUGCGGAGACGAGGCCAAGAAGAAGGCGAGGGAGGACUGGCUGCACAGCAAUCGACCCGGCGGCACCGUCACCGGCCAGUCCUCCACCAAACCGCUCAAACCGCAGGCGCGGAACCAUCUCCAGAGCAAGCUUCAGGAAAAGUUGGGUGGGGUGGCGCACAAGGGCAAGAAGCCCACGGAGAAGGACCAGAAGAGUGGUCGGGGCGGCGGCGCAGCCGGACGAGGAGGAGGCGCCCCCGCUCGUGGCGGAAGAGGCCGUGGGCGAGGCGGCCACGCUUGA